CUUUAUAAUAGCCGAAAGGAAGAAUAAAAAAGGCCAGAGAGUUGCGUCUCCUCUUCGGUCUUCUCUCCCAAAGCACCCAAUCUGCUUUGAAGAGAGCUCGAAGAGUUCGCUUUCUCUGCUAUUCCUUUUGUUUCAGGGAUCUGGUCUGAAAUGGGAUCUGAGGGGCCUCCUUCUAUUACUGUUCAUGUCACUGGAUUCAAAAAAUUCCAAGGUGUUGGUUUGAAUCCUACCGAGACGAUAGUAAGUAACCUGCAAGAGUUCGUGAAGAGAAAAGGAUUGCCGGCCGGAAUUACGCUCAGUAGCUGUACUGUUCUUGAGACGGCUGGAAUUGGUGCGUUACCAAUGCUCUACCAAACCAUGGAAUCGGGUAUCAGUAAGCCGGAUUCUUCACGCAAUGGACAAGUCAUAUGGGUUCACUUUGGGGUUAAUAGUGGGGCAUUCAAGUUUGCCAUUGAGCGACAGGCAGUGAACGAGGCCACUUUCCGUUGUCCGGAUGAGUUUGGGUGGCAGCCUCUGCAACACCCAAUAAUUCAGGAGGAUGGGGGGAUUUCUCAAACAAGAGAGACUUCAUGCUCAGUUGAUGCAAUUGUCAAGUUCUUGAAGAAUAAGGGUUUUGAUGUGGCAAACUCUGAUGAUGCUGGCCGAUUUGUUUGCAAUUAUGUCUACUACCAUUCACUACGGUAUGCAGAGCAGAAAGGUCACAAGUCUCUCUUUGUCCAUGUGCCUCUGUUUUCAAGGAUUGAUGAAGAAACACAAAUGCAGUUUGCAGCAUCGCUCUUGGAGGCUCUUGCAUCUAUCACCGGAUGAUACUUGUUUCAUAUAAAGUUUUCUUAUUUGGGUUUUAUUUAUUUCCUCCGAUUGCAAUGUAAAUCUUCCAUGCUUGUCUGUAAAAGAAAAGACCCUUUGGAACUUCAGUGGACUUGUGCUUAUCCUUUGGAAGUUUGGAAGGAGAGUAGUGGUCUUGUUUGCUUGUGGGUUGUCAUGCAUGAAAAGGACAUCUCUAUAUCAAACUGGUUUGUACGAGUGAAAA